UGCACCCAUACCAGAGGACGGGCAGGGAGGAACGAAGAAGAUAAAAUGAUCCAGGCCGGAUGUCUCACCGUUAUAUAUUCAUAUGUUUGUUUUUUCGGCUAGAUGUUCAGUCAUUAUGGCAGGCCUUGUUGAGUGUGAACCAAAUAAUUGUGUAGACUAUUAGAGGGAAACCGUUUGCUGAAAUGUGCAAUUGUGGAACCUUAAAAGUGUCAACCCCUCUCCACAGUAGUCUAUAUCAUCUGUUGAACGCAUCAGUGGAAAAUACAACUAAAAGUCCAUAGUAUCUGAAAUAGUAUAUGGAUAUUCGUACAGAGUCUGACGCACACUAUUUUCGACUCCUCGAAAGCGAGAGAGUGAGCGGAAAAAGGCUUAUUUUUGGGGGGGCGGUGAUUGUACGCCAGUGACAUUUGUUGUGGCCAAGCAGUCCUCGUACCCAGUUUUACUUUCCUGAAUCAUGCAAGAUACUGGUAACGGGAAUGGAGAGGAGAGGCAACUGAUACAUCAGACCCCAGGGACUUCGGACUCUUUGCUCAUCACAGAGGAUGACAUCGUCAAUGGUCCCACACAUUUUCAGCUACCCGUUUCUCCCAAACUGGAGUUUAAACGGAAUGUGGUAACAGACGACUACAAACUAACAUCUCAAGUACUGGGUCUGGGUAUUACCGGCAAAGUGCUGGAAUGUUACUGCAAGAAGACAGGCAAGAAAUGUGCUCUAAAGAUUCUGUACGACAGUCCCAAAGCCAGGCGGGAGAUUGAACUCCAUCGGCGUGUGUCAGGAGGACCCUACAUCGUCCAGAUCCUCAGUCUGUACGAGAACAUCCACCAGGGCAAGAAGUGCCUGCUCAUCAUCAUGGAGUGUAUGGAGGGAGGGGAGCUGUUCAGUCGUAUACAGGCCAGAGGGGACCAGGCAUUCACAGAGAGAGAGGCCUCAGAGAUCAUGAGGGACAUAGGCACAGCCAUUGAGUAUCUCCACCACAUGGAUAUCGCUCACAGAGACAUCAAGCCAGAAAACCUGCUCUACAACACCAAGGAGAGCAAUGCUGUGCUGAAGUUGACUGAUUUUGGCUUUGCCAAAGAGACCACGUCACACAACUCUCUCCAGACUCCCUGUUACACCCCCUACUAUGUUGCCCCUGAGGUGCUUGGGCCAGAGAAAUAUGACAAAUCAUGUGAUAUGUGGUCUCUGGGUGUGAUCAUGUACAUUCUGCUCUGUGGGUUUCCACCAUUCUACUCCAACACGGGCCAGGCCAUCUCUCCAGGGAUGAAGCAGAGGAUCCGGAUGGGCCAGUACCAGUUCCCCACCCCAGAGUGGGCUGAGGUGUCAGAGGAAGCCAAACAGCUGAUUAACCAGCUGUUGAAGACUGACCCUACCGAGAGGAUGACCAUUGGCCAGUUUAUGAACCACCCCUGGAUCAAUCAGUCUAUGGUGGUCCCUCCAACCCCCCUCCACACCUCUCGUGUUUUAACGGAGGAUAGAGAGCUGUGGGAUGAUGUGAAGGAGGAGAUGACCAGCGCCUUGGCCACCAUGCGUGUGGACUACGACCAGGUCAUGAUCAAAGACUUGGACACCUCCAACAACCCGCUGCUCAAUAAGAGACGCAAAAGGCCUGCUGCCAGUGGGGCUGAAGGAGGACGAGAUGGAGGUGAAGAAGGAGGAGGUGGUGGUGGUGGAGGAGGAGGAGCCGUUUGUAACAGCCAGUAAGAGGCUGAGGGGCAAUAUGAUGAUUUUAAUCUCAAAAGGACAAAAGGAUUCAGUGUCAGAAGUCUUCCCUCACCUCCUCAGAUCUGUCCUAGUUCCACCCAUACUUACUUUUAAUAAAGAAGGGAGAAUAGUAAAGGAUUCAGAGGAGGAAUUUGAGCUCAUAUUCAUCCAGGAGUAUUAAGGGACCUUGGAGAAAUUAUAUGGUAACUUGUUGUCAUCUUUUGGCAACAACCAGUAAGAUGUGUAGUGGAGGUCUUGUCUUACCUUUAACCUUUAGUAUCUCUGUCACCAGCAUCUAUGACAUCAAACUGAUGUAUUUUGUAGGUGUUGGAAUUGAUUUUAGUUCUUUUUCUUGUCCUUGGCACUGUUUCAAAUAAAUGUUUUAAUAAUA